CCGCGCCCCGCAGUUUCCCGGUGAACGCCGAACCAUUCGGACGUUAAACGCGCGACGGCUCGUAUAAGAUGCGUUACUAACACAAAAUGGCGGCACAACCGUGUUCAUCAAAAGCCCUGUCCAGUGUUAUUAAUCAAGAAUUCCUAAAUAGAUCCACCAACAUCGAAUCGGCCCGCUUCCUCAAACGAAUACUGCAAAAAUCGGAAGAAGAGGGCAAAGUAAGUUGUAAAACUUUCGUCAGCGAUCUUGACCGCGCUCAUUUUUAUACUGGACUUGACAGGAGAAUAUUCUUUACACAAUAUACCAAUUUAAAAGCAACCGAUAUUAAGGAUAUCGAGCGAUCGUUGAUACAAGAGCGCCUCAUUGCUUUCUAUAUGAGCGCGUCCCGUCUACCCCCAAGACCAGAUACUACUCCUACUACAAAGAAUCUAUUCGCAGCUUUGUAUGGGAAGAUACCUCACUACAUAGACAUUCGAAUGUUUCGCAAAUGCUUGGCCAACCUUGGAUAUGUAUGGCUAAGAAUAUUCAAAGGAAACAUUGUCAUGGAAAGACCGAGCGUCACCUUUGAGAGGUAUUAUUAUCUGAAAGACAUAGUGCGAUAUCGCGAAGAAAACAGAGAAAUCUUCUACGUUGCCGAAACAGUUUCGACCGGCCUUUGUAACUACUACAGUUUUAAAGAAUAUGACAAAUUGAUGAAAACAGCAGUAAAAGCGAGCAUAGAGAUAAUCCAAAAAGCCUUGAUCAAAAAUGUCUACGCUGUAUCGAAAUCUGGAGUUUACGCUUUGAAGACUAUUGAUAAUUUCACGACAUGUAACUUUGCGAAUUGGGUGAUACAUGAACUAAUCCCAGUCAUGCCUGAGAAAAGCGUUGUAAUAAUACAAAACUAUGAACAUCAUGACGAUGUUAUGAAGAAACCAACGUUAUUCAGUAUAAAAUCAGACAUAAUAGCGUGGCUUGAACGGAAUGAUGUGCCUUAUAGUGAAGAAAUGUCAAAAUGUGAGCUCGUAGACCUAAUAGAUACCUACACUUCUGAGUUCGACGAAAUCAGUAAAAUUGAAAACUCACUGAAGUUGAAAGGUCACGUAUUACUUAGACUUCCUAAAUGUAUUGAAGAAAUGACUCCCACAAAACAUUUCUACGAGUUAGUAAAAAUUAAUGCUCGUAAAGUGAACGACAAUGAUCAAGUACUGGAGACAAUAGCGGAAAGUGUACCUCAGGAAACUUUUGAGAAAUUCGACACUCAUGUAGCAGAUGCAGAAAAAGAUACCUUAAAAGCAGAUAUCAGGAUGGAUGAGGUUUUUGAUACUGUUGUGGCUGCAUUCCAGAAAGUACGUUUGAAAGAUGCAGAAGAUUCAGAAGUACAACUUAGUGAUAGUGACUAAUAAAUUCAAA